AAAAUAAUUCCUUCUUGUGUUCAUUAUAUUAAUCCAUAAUGAAUAAUAUUUCUACGGACAAGUCAUGAUCAAGAAAAAAAUGGCUGGGGGCAACAGGAAGAGACAGAGUAAGAGAGAAGACAGAGUUGACCUUUUCCAUAAUCAGAAACCAUACAUGAGCAAGUGAGGUCUGAGGGAGCUCCUCAGAGCAGCAGCCUCAACAAUGGCAGGCAAUACACAAAGCCGGGGCAUCUGGGGUGUCUCAGUCUGCGGUCAUGAAGAGAUUCAGGAGCUGUCGAGGGACGGAAGCCACUACAGUCUCUCCACUGGGAUCUUGCCUUCGCUUGGUGCCAGGAGCAACCGGAGAGUCCAGCUCCGGCGGUUCAUUAUUUCCCCUUACGAUCAUCGUUACCGGGUAUGGCAGAACUUUUUGGUUCUUCUCGUGGUGUAUACUGCCUGGGUAUCCCCAUACGAGUUUGGCUUCCUCAAGAAACCGUCACAGCCCCUGUCUAUUGCUGAUAACAUUGUCAAUGCGUUCUUUGCCAUCGACAUCAUUCUAACCUUCUUGGUGGCCUACCUCGACAAAUCUUCUUACUUGCUUGUCGAUGAUCAUAAGAAGAUCGCGUGGAGGUACACAAGUACAUGGUUUGCCUUCGAUGUUAUAUCCACAAUCCCCUCUGAGCUUGCUCGGAAGAUCACCCCUCCGCCACUUCGAUCUUAUGGCUUCUACAACAUGCUUCGGCUUUGGCGUCUCCGAAGAGUCAGCGCCCUAUUCGCAAGACUGGAGAAAGAUCGGAAUUAUAACUACUUCUGGGUCCGAUGCACAAAGCUCACUAGUGUCACCCUUUUCGCAGUUCAUUGUGCGGGGUGCUUCUACUAUCUCCUGGCAGCCCGUUAUCACGAUCGAGAGAGAACAUGGAUCGGAGCCUCCAUGACUCUCGAAGAGAGCCUGUGGAACCGUUACGUGACGACUCUUUACUGGUCAAUCACGACUUUGACUACUGUUGGUUAUGGAGAUCUACAUCCUGUUAACACUGGGGAAAUGAUUUUUGACAUCUUCUACAUUCUCUUCAACAUCGGGCUGACGGCCUACUUGAUCGGUAACAUGACCAACUUGGUUGUCCAUGGAACUAGACGCACGAGAAACUUUAGGAAUACAAUACAAGCAGCCUCGAAUUUUUCUAUGCGGAACCAGCUGCAUCCUCGGUUGCAAGACCAGAUGCUCGCGCACUUGUGCUUGAAGUUCAGGACAGAUUCCGAGGGGCUUCAACAGAACAAGGCUCUCGAUUCUCUCCCUAAGGCCAUUCGGUCCAGCAUUUCGCACUAUCUUUUCUACUCUCUCGUAGACAAGGUCUACUUGUUCCGUGGAGUCUCCCAUGAUGUGCUCUUCCAAUUGGUUUCGGAGAUGAAAGCCGAGUAUUUCCCGCCCAAAGAGGAUGUGAUUCUGCAAAAUGAAGCGCCUACAGACUUCUACAUUCUUGUUACCGGUGCAAUGGAUAGGCUGAUUACUGGAAAUGGAACCGAACAGGUUGUUGGAGAGUUAAAAACGGGAGAUAUUUGCGGCGAGAUUGGCGUUUUAUGCUUCCGGCCGCAGCUUUUCACUUUACGGACUAAACGAUUGAGCCAGCUCCUUCGGCUUAAUCGGACAACAUUCCUCAAUAUAAUCCAAUCCAAUGCUGGAGAUGGGACUGUUGUUAUGAACAACCUGAUUCAGCAUUUGAAGGAUCUCAAAGACCCGAUCCUGGACGGCAUGUUGAUCGAGACAGAGAACAUGCUCGCCCGUGGUAGAAUGGACUUACCACUUAGCCUGUCUUUCGCGACACAGAGAGGGGAUGACGUGCUGUUGGGUCAGUUGUUGAGACGAGGUCUCGAUCCGAACGAAUCAGACAACAGUGGGAGGACACCUCUGCACAUUGCUGCAUCCAAUGGGAGUGAGAACUGCGCGCGCCUUCUCUUGGAUUACAGUGCGAAUGUCCACAGCAGAGAUUCCGAUGGGAAUGUGCCAUUAUGGGAGGCAAUGCUAGGCAACCACGAGUCAGUAGAAAAGGUCCUGCUAGAAAAUGGAGCUGACCUGAGCCAUGGGGAUGUGGGCCACUUCUCGUGCAUCGCGGUGGAAAAGAACAACCUGCACUUGCUGGAGGAGAUUGCUCGACUCGGGGGUGAUGUUAAAGCCCCGAGGAGCGACGGCACCACCGCACUCCAUGUGGCAGUGUCGGAAGACAGCUUUAAGGUUGUCGAGUUCCUCCUGGACAAAGGUGCGGACAUUGAUAAGCCCGAUAUCCAUGGGUGGACCCCGCGGGACCUUGCAGAGCAGCAGGGUCACGAUGAAAUAAAACUGCUCUUUCGGUCUCACAGGAAGACCAAAGCCCCGUCUGUUGUUAUCGUCCCAGAGAUGCAGCCCAUGAUAUCCCAUGGGCUAGGGCGAUUCUCAAGUAACCCAAUGGUCCAGCCUGCAUCUGAGGAGGGUCGGUUUAUGGAUCGCCCAAUGCGAAGGACCAAGAACUACUUCCAAAACUCCCUCUUCGGGAUCAUCUCGGCAGUUCAUACCAAUGAGAGAGAGCUGAAUCGAAAUGCCAAGAAAAUUAGUAUACAGAACCGCACUCGGGUGACAGUGAGCUUCCCUGAGGCCGGGGAAACUGGCAUGAAGCUUGUGGUGCUUCCUGGGAGCUUACAAGAGCUGCUUGAAAUCGGGUUCAAAAAGUUUGGUUUCUUGCCCGACAAGGUUCUGAGCAAGGAGAGAGCAGAAAUAGACAAUAUAGAGAUCAUCAAGGAUGGAGAUCAUCUGAUAUUUGUCCGCGAUAAGGGAUCCAAAGAAGUCCAAACCCUUGAUGACGAGGACGGAAACGUCUCCUAGAGGAGAAUGGUUUCGUUUUCAGUUAUAAGUUUUUGUUUCUCCGAUGUGAUUUCUUAUGCAUUAAGAAGCUUCCUCUCUCUGCUGUUUAUAUUGACAGAAGUGAACGCAAUGCAAUGUACAUUAUACAGUAUUAUUUUGAAAAAAA